ACCAGACGUUGCCCUCUCACACACCCACACACCCACACACCCACACAUACAUACUACACCUACCCAUUGCCCACAGUACACUCCUCUUCCACCAUCAACACUACCACCACAGCCACCAGUAACUCCAUCCACGCCAUUCCAUCCAUGUCUCCGCGAUCCCUCUAGUCCCGCCGGCACUCCCUCUGCUCGGCUCUUCUCCAACUCUACCCCAUUGACGCAAUCGCAACUAAAGUAAACCGCCCACCUCCAAGAACCACGACCACGGAACCACGCCGUCCCCACUGCAACUCCCCCCCUCCCCGCCACAAUCCCCGUCCCACGACCACCGACACUCGCUCCUGCACUCUAACCUCCACACUCGAGAGACAUGCCUCUCCGCGCCGAACGGCCCAUUGUGCGCGUCGAGCCCAGCUCCAUGCGCACCAUCGAAACCAGCAGCACAGAGAACCUCUUUGGCCUUUGGUCUGUCUUUGCGCGAUGCUCCCCAGCCAUGGAAGACGGCAAGCGCUACGAGAACAUGGCAUGGCGUCUUUGGUCCCGCGAGACGUUUUGCUGCCAGCCUGAUUCGCUCACAUCGUCCCGUUGGUCGCUAGGACGUCGGCUGUCAAGCAGCGCCCCGGACGUACCCGAACUCUCCACCAGCGUCGCUUCCGACGAGUCCAAUCUGGACAGCGCAAUCACCUCGGCCUCCCGCUCAGACCUCUCUGCCUCUCGCCCCGACCUUCGCCGCCACGACUCGGCAACCAGCCACGCCCGUGGCAAGCACAUGACUCCCAUUGGCCUCGAAAAGGUCGUCAACUCAAUACAGGAGAAGAAAUUCAUUGAGCCCCUCUCGCCUCUCCCAGCCGACCUCGCCGCCCCGAUACCCGAGCUCAAGCCAGCCGAGGAAGACACGACGCCUCGCAGCGCCACUCCCCCCUCGCAUGCCCGCCCCAUUCCCGAAGCCUCAACAUCGACCGUCGCCACCAGCGUCGGCUGCGACAUCAUGAGCCCUGUAGUCGGCUCCGAGGCCAGCACCUCGACCGACGUGAGCGAGCACAGCGUCGUCCGUGGUUUUGAGCCUGGCCACAUCUCCACCUCGAUUCGCUCGAGCGCUAACCUGAACCCCACCCCCAUCCUCAAGAAGACGUCCAGCUUCAUCACCAAGCCGCUGCCCGCAAAGGCCGACAACACCAAGAAGAGGCAGCCCAUGUUCACACUCGGCGGAUCCUCCGAGGAGGACAACUGCAGCUCCUUCGAGGCCUACUCCAUGGCCCAGCGCAGCUCCCUCACCGAGCAUCUGCGCAAGGCUGCUGCCCCCAUGCGCAAGACGACUUCGUUCAAGACUGAAGUCAGCACCCGCACCUUCCAAGACGCCACCUCUGAAAGCGAGGCGGCCAUUGAGAGCGACAGCGAGGAUGACAUUGAUGAGAGCGCCAUUGAGGAGGAGGACUCCGAUGACGACGACUGGGAGGACGACGACAACGAAGAGAGUGGUCCUCCUAGCGUUGCUGACCGUACUCCUCUGUUCCAGCGGGUCGACUCCAAGCCUGACCUCACCUCGCGUCGAUCGCUCCUCACCACUGCUCUUCAUCAGGAUGACCGCGCAUUGGCGCUUCAGAACGCCGCAUCCCGAUCAAGCCCUGCCAUCCGUCGAUCCCGCACAUCGACGCCAAACGGCCCCUCCACUGGCAACUCACCCCACGAGGAUAGUGGUCUGAUGAUGAUGCGGUCCCAGGCCUCUCGCCCCAAGCCCAUCAUCAUGACCACGUCCAACGUCCACCCACCUGCCAUGUCUCCCAAGACGACGAGGCGCAACAUGCUGACCUCGGAGUUGACUGGAAGCUUGAGGCAGAACCUGCUGUGGGAAAGGCAACAGAAGAAUGCCACCACCAACGCAGUCGCAAAGCGCCAACAGAGUGCUGCGAACCUGCCUGGCCUGCGCCGAGCAAUGACGACCGGCGACGUCAAGGGCCUAAACAACAACGAACAACAAUCACAAGCCAAAUCAUCGGCCUUCAAGGAUGACAGCAAGCCCAGUAGCACGUACAACCAGUUCUUCGACUCUGGGCUUGGCGAUUACCACAAGUCUGGAUGGUAAUCAAGCAUCAUUCUUUUUUGCUUUUCAACGUUUGCACUUCUAGCGGCAUCUAUGGUUUGGCAUUGAACCAGGGCGUUUUUGUGUUCUAAUUAUGCUCUUCUUUUUUGGUUUUUCUUUUUGUUCUCUAUUUUACCUUGCUGCUCGUCUUUUAUUUUGUUUUUUU